UAUAGUACCUUGCAGACUGGCUUGAGCUCAGAGCAAGUUUAGAGCGAGAGAGGCUACAGCGCGGAGCUGCGCUACAAUGAGCCACUUUCCAUCCUUUACGAUCACAAUGAGCUGGACUUACCUGUUGAUGCUGCUUUUCCUUCUUCCUUACACAGGGGAUGCAGUUCCUAAAAUUAAUGACGGGGAAGACAGAGUCACUGUGAAUGUUGGUGAUAAGGUUUCGUUGGAAUGCAGAGAUGCUCAUUUAGUAACAUUGGCUUUUCAGAAGUCAGGCCUUAUGAAGAAACCACGAGAUUUAAAAAGCCGUCCACUUAACAAUAGUGAAACUGAUCAGUUCUUCGUCAUUAUUAAAGCAGAUCUCAGGCACAUUGGAAGAUAUAUAUGCACAAAUACAGAGACGCAAGAAAAUACCUCAGUCUCUCUCUUUGUGAAGGAUCCUGCAAGGCCUUUUCUUGAUAUCCCGUUUAUCGAUGUAACAGAAGGAGCUGACACAGUUGGCAUGUGUUUUCCUACUGAUCCAGACAUGGAUAUUGCUAUAGAGAAGUGUGAUGGUUCUCCUUUGCAAGAGAAUUUUACCUUCACAACAGACAUCGAGGCUGGGAUCACUAUCAAAACAGUGCAACUGGCCUUUGAUGGUUGCUAUGUAUGUUCUGGAAAUAAAAGUGGGACAGUGAAGAAAAGCAGCACAUUCUCUAUUCAUGUAAAGCCAGUACCCAAAAAAGUACCAACUGUAUUUCUGAGCAAAUCCAGACAACUUGUCAAGACUGGAGAACCGUUUGAAGUCACCUGUGCAGUACUGGAUGUCUUUAGUACUGUAAAAGCUCAGUGGUUGGAUGUCAAAGAGGGGGUUACAAAACAGGCCAAUUUCCGAUCAUCCAACGUCUUCAGUUAUAACUUGACUCUGAAGAGCGAUGGUGUUCCCUACAGUGAAUCCAGAACAUUCACCUGUCAAGCAGAAAACGCUAUUGGCCAAGUGAAUGCCACGUUCACCUUAGAUGUCAUAGACGUUGGAUAUGUCAAUCUGACUGUCCUGGAGAACACAACAAUCAGUGUUAAUGCCGGAGACAACCUUGUCCUUAAGGUUUAUAUUGAUGCAUAUCCCCAUCCAGAUGACGGAGUUUGGACUUAUUUCAAUGAAACACUUCUAAAUACUUCAGACCAUUAUGUUGCGACCAAAGACGAAGGCAACAACAGGUACGUUAGUGAGCUGCAUUUGAUUCGCUUAAAAGGAACAGAGAAAGGCGUUUAUACCUUCUAUACCACAAAUUCUGAUGAUGAUGCUUCUGUCAGCUUCAAUAUCCAAGUAAAAACAAGGCCUGAAAUCCUCAUUGCUGAGAGAACUAGUGAAGGCACGUUACAGUGUGUAGCAACGGGAUUCCCUGUUCCCGCUAUUCAGUGGUAUUUUUGCCCGGGAAGUGAGCAAAGAUGCACUGACUAUCCGCCGCUUUCACCUGUAAAUGAAAAAUUUAUCCAAGAAAAUUCAUCCCUCGGGCGCAUAGUAGUGGAAAGUACAAUUGACGUCAAUAAUCUUAAGAAAAAUGGCACUGUGCAGUGUGUCGCGUCCAACGAGGUGGAGAGCGCUUACUCAGUAUUCAGUUUUGCCAUCAAAGAGAAACUUCGUACCCACACUCUGUUUACCCCGUUGCUGAUUGGAUUUAUAGCUGCGGCGGGAUUAAUGUGCAUUGCUGUUGCUGUCCUCAUGUAUAAAUAUUUGCAGAAGCCAAAGUACGAAAUACAGUGGAAGGUUGUGGAAGAAAUCAACGGAAACAACUAUGUUUAUAUUGACCCCACACAGCUUCCUUAUGAUAACAAAUGGGAAUUCCCCAGAGACAGGCUCUGCUUUGGUAAAAUCCUUGGCGCUGGAGCAUUUGGAAAAGUGGUCGAAGCUACAGCAUACGGCCUACUUAAAGAAGACAGCAGGCUCACUGUUGCAGUUAAAAUGCUCAAGCCAAGUGCCCAUUCCACGGAGAGGGAAGCUCUGAUGUCAGAACUGAAGGUUUUAAGCUAUCUUGGCCAUCACAAAAACAUUGUGAAUCUUCUAGGUGCCUGCACAGUUGGAGGACCAACAUUGGUCAUUACCGAAUACUGCUGUUAUGGAGACCUCUUGAAUUAUCUGAGGAGGAAGCGGGAUUCGUUUAUAUGUCCGAAAUUUGAAGAUAACUCAGAAGCAGCACUUUACAAGAAUCUCCUUAAUACAAGGGAUAUGGGCUGUGAAGGAAUGAGUGAAUACAUAGAUAUGAAGCCAGCUGUGUCUUAUGUUGUCCCCACAAAGACCGACAAAAGGAGAUCUGGUUCAUUUGGGGAUCAGGACGUGUCCGUGUCAAUUCCCGAAGAGGAUGAUUUAGCUUUGGAUACAGAAGAUCUGAUAAACUUUUCAUAUCAAGUUGCACAGGGGAUGAAUUUCCUUGCUUCUAAAAAUUGCAUUCAUCGAGACCUUGCUGCAAGAAACAUCCUCCUCACUCACGGCCGGAUAACAAAAAUUUGCGACUUUGGACUUGCACGAGACAUCAGAAAUGACUCAAAUUAUGUGGUGAAGGGAAAUGCUCGACUUCCAGUGAAGUGGAUGGCUCCUGAGAGCAUCUUUCAUUGUGUCUAUACAUUUGAGAGUGAUGUGUGGUCUUACGGAAUCCUUCUCUGGGAGAUCUUUUCACUUGGGAGCAGCCCUUACCCUCGAAUCCCAGUGGACUCCAAGUUCUACAAGAUGAUCAAAGAUGGAUACCGAAUGAUGAGCCCAGAAUGUGCUCCUCUUGAAAUGUAUGAAAUAAUGAGAAGUUGUUGGAAUUCGGAUCCAUUAAAACGACCAACCUUCAAGCAAAUCGUACAGAUGGUGGAACAGCAGCUGUCGGACAGCAAGGGAAAUCAGACCCCUCUACCUUACCCUGUAAGUCAUGUGCCACUGGACCAUGCAGUAAGAAUAAACUCCGUGGGGAGCAGCACCUCUUCUCAACCAUUGUUAACGAACAGCGACCGCUGAAUCUGCAUAAGCGAGCACACAAGGCAAGGGAUAUCUUUUCACCUGACUGCAAUUUUCCUGUGCUUCUUAUCAUGAAAUGACUAAAAAACGUUAUGGUCAUGGAUCUGAUUACAGCACAAAGAGCCACUGCGUUCACUGAAAGAAAGAACUUUCACUGUUGUUUGGUUAUUAUACUGUUCUGAGGACACAAGCACCCAUGAAAAUCCUUUGCCUGCUUUCAUGUUCAGAAGAUGCAGAGAUGUCUCUGUGGUUACAGUGAAUAUACUUUAUAUGUUCUCAUCUGAAAAGAUUUGAUUUUUGUUAUAUUUUGCUUUUUGUGCAAUACAAUGCUUUGGUCAACAAGGUUCUCGCACUGGGCAAAGAUAUAGAAUAAGCUGUUUCUCUUUACUGGAGCCAAUUGUUUUGGAAGCUAUUUGGAGAAAACCUUGUGAAAUACUCAAUAUGGAAAGAAGACUGUGAACUGUAAACGCAGACAUUGAGUCCGAGGCUUAAUCCUGUAUGGAUAUCUUGUUUCUUAGGCUCCACCUUACAAGUAGAUCUUGCAUCUGAGGCCUUCAAACUGGGUUUUCUCUUCAUACAAAGCUGUAGAACCAUUCAUGUUCAUGUCUGUAUAGUUGGAAUGGGAUAUCCCAUUUGAUUUGUCUUCACUUUAGUAUUUAUUUGUCAUUUGCAAGCACUUACAUCAAUGAUAUGUACAAUAAGUAGACUUGGUACUGCAGCGAGAUUGUUUAUAAAUGUUUGAGCUUUUUUCCCAAUGCUGCAAGACAUUCUGAGCAAUGUUCAUUUCAGCUUUGUAGGCUUGAUCAGAAUGGAAUACUCAUGUUCAAAUACAGGUUGCAAUGAAAAAAAGCUAAUUUUAGCAUGUUUUGUCUUGAAUGUAGCUUUCCUCAAAAUCUAAAAAAAAAAAAGCAACAACAUUUUUGUUUGUGUUUCAAAAGGAUUGGGUUAUAUCAGGGAUUUCCAUCUGAAGCAUGCUUGGAGUUAAGCAGAACCUGCAAUUAGAUUAUAUUUUGACUAUUUUCUUAGGAUUUUGUGGCUGUGAUCUAUACUGGCGAAUGCUAUUCAGGCACCUACUGACCACCUUAGAUUCACUGUUGUGUAUAUAGUGUAUCUGCCAAUAGUAGCAGAAUGCUGUUGUUUGAAUGCUGCUUUAUGAACAUUCAUUCUGAGGAGAGCAAGGUGAAACUAAAAUGGCUAUAAAACAACUAACAUUUAGAUUUUGGGGACUGAAAAACUGGGUAUAUAACUAUACUAGGGGGCAGAUUUAUCAAGGGUCGAAUUUUGAAGUUGAAAAUACUUCGAAAUUCGACCAUCGAAUUUUAAUACUUUGAAUUCGAAUAUCGAAUUUGAAGUUUUUUCAGCAAAUUUGGCAAUCGAUCGAAUUAAAAUCGUUCGAAUCUAACGUUUCGAAUUAUUUCAGCGAUCGAAAGUCAGUACUUCGAUUAUCGAAUAUUCGAACUAUUUUACUUCGAAUCGAAUUUGAAGUAAAUCCUUUUCGAUAGUCGAAGUAUCCAAAAAAUUACUUUUUAUCCAAAAAAUUUUUUUACUUCCAAAAUUCCCUCGAAUUCACUUCUUCCCUUGAUAGAUCUGCCCCUAGAUGUCAACCCUCCCAUGUACACACCGAGUACUCAUGGAAGAUGCUGAAAAAAGCAGCUUUUGUUAAACUUCACCUGAAUAUGCGUGAGGAGCCUUAUCUUCCAUUUGAAAGCCACAGCCAGCGUUGAGCCACAUAUAGUACUCACUAAUAAUGCACCUUAAAAGCAGGUUACUAAAAUAUUUGCCACUGAGCUAGUCAUUGCAUUGGGCUAUUGUAUAUUUUCCUGUGCACAUGCAGCAACCCAUGAAGCCACUUACAUGUGCAAAGCCACAACUGAUUUCUGUGAAUACUUACUACUAAGCAUAAGGGGAAAACAUUUCCUUAGUACAUAUUUCCAUAAAGUUUUUUUUAAUAUUUUAAAUGGUACAGAGGAUCUAUUUUUCUGUCCAUGCUUUAGGCUGGCACUGCAGGAGCACAGGACAGCUGUAUAAGGCUGUGGUACAUAGGAAAUCAUACGGCUGUUCAAUGCACUGACACAGGGAAAAAUGCUUUGAGGGUCUUGUACUGCUUUUUAGGCUAAUUCCACAUGGAGUAGAUAAUAUGCUGGUACAGGUAUGGGAUACGUUAUCCGGAAUCCCGUUAUACACAAAGUUCGGAA